AAGAUGUCUUUUGCCAACACACGUAGAGCUAAGAUCAUCGAGUCCAUCGACCGAAGAGUGCCAGUGGCGGCAGAGUGCCAGAAGCUGAACACCGCUGAGGACCUGACAGAGAUCUAUGACUCGGACACUUAUGGCCUCAACGCCAUGCGUGAGACCCUGCCAUCGCAUUGCUACAAGAAGAUCCGUGAGGUCAUUGCCUCUGGCCAGCCACUCGACCCAGCCAUCGCCGACAUGGUUGCCAACGGAAUGAAGGAGUGGGCCAUCAAGCGUGGCGCCACUCACUACACUCAUUGGUUCCAGCCACUCAACGGUCUGGUCGCCGAGAAGCACGACUCGUUCGCCUCCAUCUUCCCAGGCGACGAGCGUCUCUUGCUCGAGUUCUCAGGCAUGCAGCUGAUCAAGGGUGAGCCCGAUGCCUCUUCCUUCCCCUCGGGUGGUCUGCGUUCCACCUGGGAGGCCCGUGGUUACACCGUCUGGGACGCCACCUCGCCAGCCUUCAUCCGCAAGGACGAGAAUGGCUCCACACUGUGCAUCCCCACCGCCUUCUGUUCGUGGACCGGUGAGGCUCUCGACCAAAAGACACCACUUCUCCGUUCCAUGGAGCGUGUCUCUGAGGAGUCCGUCAAGGUUCUCUCCGCAAUCUUCAAGGAGAACUACAAGACUGUCUACCCAACCUUGGGUAUUGAGCAAGAGUUCUUCUUGAUCGACAGACAAUUCUACCUCGCCAGACCAGAUUUGAUUCAAUGUGGCAGAACCUUGUUGGGAGCUAAGCCACCAAAGGGACAGGAGCUCGAGGACCAUUACUUUGGUACUAUGAACUCUAGAAUCGUCGCCUGUAUCCAGGACGUCGAGUGGCAGAUGUGGAGACUUGGUAUGCCAUUGAAGACCCGUCACAAUGAGGUCGCUCCAGGCCAGUACGAGGUUGCCCCAAUCUUUGAGCGCGCCAACGUCGCCAGUGACCACAACAUGGUGUUGAUGGACGUGCUCAAGGCCACCGCCAUCCGCCACGGACUCGUCUGUCUGUUGCACGAGAAGCCAUUCGAGGGUGUCAACGGAAGCGGCAAGCACAACAACUACUCGCUCGCCACCAACACUGGCUCCAACUUGCUCGACCCAGGUACGACCCCAGCCCAGAACGCCCGUUUCAUUUGCUUCUUGACCGCCAUCAUCCGCGCCGUCGACAUCCACGCCGACCUCUUGCGUGCCUCCGUCGCCAAUACUGGUAACGAGCACCGUCUGGGCGCCAACGAGGCCCCACCCGCCAUUAUCUCCAUCUACCUCGGCGCCGAGCUCGACCGCGUCGUCCAGGACAUCAUCAACUCGACCACCAACGACGCCGCCUACGAGGGUGGCGAGAACAUCAAGCUCGGUGUGGGCGCCUUCCCACCCCUGCCACGUGACUCCACCGACCGCAACCGUACCUCACCAUUCGCCUUCACUGGUAACAAGUUUGAGUUCCGUGCGGUCGGCUCCAGCCAGGCCGUCGCCUUCCCAUGCAUCAUCUUGAACACCAUCGUCUCUGAGUCCCUGCGCUUCAUCCGCACUGAGAUCGAGCGUGAGCUGUCCAACCACAGCACACCAAACAAGGCGUUCAACCACGUCAUCAAGGACAUCCUGUCCAAGCACAACAGAGUCAUCUUCAACGGUGACGGCUACGGCCAGGAGUGGCGCGACAUUGCCGCCAAGCGCGGCCUCGCCAACCUGCCCUCCACCCCAGAGGCCCUCGCCAGCCUCAACUCGGAGAAGAACAUCAAGUUGUUCGAGUCAUUCCAAAUCCUGUCCCAGGUUGAGUUGCAAUCACGUCAGCACAUCCUCUACGAGAUCUACGUCAAGAACAUCACCAUCGAGGCCAAGUCCCUGUACGACAUGGUUCAGACCAUCGUGCUGCCCGCCGCCAUCAAGCAUCAGAGAAACGUUGCCGAGUCGCUCAACGCCGUCAUGCCAUUCGUCCAAAGCCAGAAGAACCUGCCACUGCCAACCCACCAGAUCAACAUGCUUGCCGACCUGGUCAACAACAUCAACUCGCUGGUCGAGCUGAACGCCCGUCUGAUGGCCGCCGUCAAGGCAUCCAAGUCACACAACGAGAAGGAGCACGCCUUCUCUUUGAGCUCCAGCGUCAUCCCCGUCAUGAAGGAUGUCCGCAAGGUUUGCGACGGUUUGGAGUGUGUCAUCGACGACACCAUCUGGCCAAUUCCCAAGUWAAUCUGA